AUGGAAAGUGAGCCAUCACCUCAAAGCGAGAUAGAUGCUCAACACCAGGCCAAUUUGGCACUGCUUCAAGCACUGGACCCGGUGGCUUUCAAAAAGUUUGACUUUGAAUGCGACACCAUCCUACAGAGACUACCCACUGGGAUGAAGCCAGAAGACACUAUCGAAUCUCACAAGGAAAGAUGUGUAGAGGAAAUGACUGAGACUCAUCAGUUUGAAACGAUGGAACUGGCGAAUAAGUUCAUAAAACACCGCUUCGCCGAUUUUCGUUUGGAAGAAGAAAACGCAGAACACAAACUCUACAUCUGCCCACAUGGACAACAUGAGCAAUGUGUCGGGUAUGCAAAGCUAUUCCUCAAUCUUGGUGUUAACAUCGUUCGUGUUUGUUUUGGGCACUACGGGCAUGAGUCAACGAUAGGGCAGUACCGGUUCACUGGAAUUCAAUUCGCCACUAUUCGAUUAUUCAGCGACUUUUACUGGAAAAAAGUGAUUGGACCUGAAUGGAAUGUGCACAACAUUGUGUACUGUUUCAAGCAUUGGUAUGAUGAUUCACAUGCUCUUCACUAUUUAAGUAUAUAUGACCUGAGAGCAAUCGCUCUAGAAUUAGGCAAACCUGAUGCAGUUCGUGUUCAACUUCCGAAUGGAGUAUACCAUGCCGUUCGCAUGACAACUGUGGAAGACUUGAACCAAUUCACGCAUAGGACACCAUCGAAUCAAUUUCAACCGUGCCAUGCAGAUGUUAACGAGCUUUCACUUGGUGCUUCAAGUCAGAAAGAGGAAGGCACCUCGGGGCCACCCCAAGUCCUAGAUGAGGAUGGGGAGCCAUUCACCCCGACCCCGGAAAAUGUGCGGCACGAAAUUUCAGAGAGCCAAGAUGCACCGGGAAAUGUUACACAUGAUUGGUUUUCAGAAGGAGCCAAUUCUCAGCAGGUCACAACGAUGUGGGUUAAUAUUCACAAUCAUGCAACUGAGCUGAAAAACAUUGCUUUCCUGAAGAUGUUAACUCCGAACUGCACAGAAGAAGUGUUCAAUGAUGCUCAGCAAAUAUUUGAAAUGCUCAAUCAAGCAGCCGAGAUUGCACAUAAAAUGAAUGAGAAAAUAAGAGAAGCAAACGGCGACAUGUCUAGAAUGCCGGUCUUAGAACCGCCGCCAACGUUUUCAAUAUGUCUAGAUGAUCCAGUGUUCCGGGAACUUUAUCCACUUCAUCUUCAAAAUUAUGUGUACCCAGUGCAACAGUUGGUCAACGAAGAGGAUGAUUGUGCUCCAAAUCCACUUGUAGCUCCCAAUGGAAGUACUGUUCGACCAGUUGGAGAUUUAUUUUCACAACCUCCGGUGCCGAGUUUCUUGCAGCAGCUCUGGUUGAAUGCUAAUCCUGAAUCAGGACCGACGGCUGCUGAAAUUGCGGAGCAAGAUUUUGAGAAUUAUGAAAAGGCUAGAAAAAGUGGUGGCAACAUUUGGGCAAUGCCACUUCCAAGACGAACAUUCAUUCCCUCAAGGCUUCGUUAUGCAACUGGAAUUGAUUUGAACCGGAAACUUCAAGAAAUGCGAGAACGAGAACACCAGGCAAUCGCUGAAGAAAUUCGAAAGUUAACGCUAUCCGAGUUUCGAUUGAAUAAUGUGGAAGUGCCUCAAGAAGAAGAGGAACCUCCCGCGGAUCCGAAAACAGAAUCCAAAAAUAAGAAAAAGAAAAAUGCUAAAAGGAAUAAGAAAAAUAAAGCUAAAGAACUACAAAAAGAGCAACCCCUCCGACACCGUGAUCCAUAAAUGUUUAUUAUUGUUUUUUUUUGUUUGAAAUCUUGCCAUUUUGCCCAUUGUUGCUCUUUCUCUCUCUCUCUCUCUCUCUCUCUCUCUCUCUCUCUCUCUCUCUCUCUCUCUCUUUCUCUCUCUGUCAAAAUAAUUCCAGAAUUUAAAUUUUAGAAUUCCGUCCAACCAAAUCAAAGUUCAAUGAUUACCUUUCAUCACUGCACAUCCUUUUUACAUAUUAUUGUCAUGUUUUCCCAGUUUUCAGUUUCCAACUUCCAAUCAAAUUUCCCCGUCCUUAAGAAUUCUAUGUCAUUGAAAUAUUUCAGUUUUCUGUUAUACCAAACUAUAAAA